AUGAGUCAAGAGGGAUCUAAUCAAUCACUUGGGAGUAGUGGUGGUGUCAGUCGAUCAUUAUCGUCAGAGUCACAACCAGAUAAUAGUCGAAUGAAUGGUUCUAAUAGCAAUGGUUAUACCACUGGAGAAACUAAUUCAGAAGCUGAUCCAGAUCCAUUGGAAAUAAGAAAACUAGCCUUAAGUUAUGAUUAUUUGAUAUAUAAGAUUAAUGAUCAUAUAUCAAAUCUAGCAGAUACCACUUACGAGUCAAUAACAACCAAACAAAAGUUAAUUGAAGUCAAUUAUCUUGAAGAUCAAUUGAAUUUAAGUCAAGAAUUAACUGAAAUUGAUCAAUUAUUAGAUCAAUGUAAUCAAUUAGAAAUGGAGUUUUUGAAAUUAGAUCAAUUGCAAAUAUUUAUUAAUGACUUUAAAAAUAGAAUUGAAGUCAUAGAGAAAGGUUUUCAACAAUUAAGUUGA